AUGUUCCAAGAACUCUUAAUAGGUCAAAAGGAUGUUCUUUUUAUUCUUCCAUUUGUGUCCAUUGUCCAGGAAAAAGUCCGUUCUCUAAAUCCGCUAGGGCUAGAGCUUGGCUUUCUUGUUGAAGAGUAUGCUGGGAAUCGUGGACGCUUUCCUCUUGUGAAACGCCAGUCGCGGCGAUCUGUUUAUAUUGCUACAAUAGAGAAGGCACUCAAAGUUAUCCAUCAUCUUAUAGUCUCUUCAAAUCUAUCAAGUAUCGGUCUUUUACAUAUGAUUGGCGAUGGUGGAGUACGUGGAGCCACUAUAGAACUAGCCCUGACCUAUCUUCGAAUUGCAUCCCCUGAAACUAGGAUAAUUGGAAUGAGUGCUACUCUGUCGAAUAUAUCCGAUUUAACUACGUUUCUAUCUGCAAAACUUUACACGAAUGAUUUUAGACCGAUAGAGUUGAUCGAAUACGUAAAGAUUAAUGACCACAUAUUUCGCUUAAAACCAGAAAUCCAACAUCGUGAGUUUACUUGCGAAGAUGAUUACUACGAAUAUCUUGAAAAUCGUUUGGAACACAUUAGAAUCGUUCAUUUUAAA